AUGUUGGUUUUCACAGACCAAACCGAAAACACCGACGCGAAAUUAAACAGACCUCAUUGCGAACAUACUUACCGGGCUGAAACCGUGGUUGUGAAUGAGACCGUGUUCUUAGAAGCGGAUAGGGGAGAGCUGCCUGUGAUAUCUUCCCAAACUGUGGGAGAGGUUCCACCACUGAUUGAACAAAGUAAGCGUAGGCUUGGAGAGUCUACCGAGGAAUGUGCAGCCAGGCCACCGGCACCAGUAGCCGUGCUGCUCUUUGGCAAAGGCAUUUUUAGUGUGAUCGGUUUAUGGAACUUGCGCCGACGUGGCUCAAUAGUGACGAUAGGUCAUACAUUGUCCACCUCUCGGUCCCUUCCACUCACCACACAGCUGGGCGAAAAGAGCUGUGCGUUGCGGACAAUCUUCUGGCAUACGGAGUACACGCCCCAACCAGCGCAACCUAUGGAACGUGGGUAG